GGUAUGCCCAACAAACAAUUGCUUUUCCAAAGAUUCUCGCUCCUCAAUUCCUCUCUCCUAAAAUUUUUCAAUUUCUUCUUGCAUUGCAAACGAUUUUUUAUUGUUCCGCAUAUAUCUACUGCUCGUGAUGUUCAGAAUCAUAAUUAUCUCUCCAAAAUUGAACGACAGACUUGAAUUGAAAUUUGAGAUAUUUCCCCAAAUUUGAAAUUCCUAGGUUUCGAGGAUUUGACGGUUAGAGGAUGGGGGCGGAGUCGCCGGUGUGGGGCACGUGGGAGGAUCUUAUUUUGGGGGGCGCGGUUGUGAGGCACGGAACCGGCGGUUGGAACGUCGUCGCUUCGGAGCUUCGUGCGCGCACCCUUUAUCCGUAUGCCUUUACUCCUCAGGCUUGUAAAGAAAGGUAUGAAGACCUACAAAAACGUUAUUCUGGAUCCACGUCUUGGUUUGAAGAACUGAAAAUUCGGCGUGUUGCAGAGCUCAAGCGAGAACUGGUUAAAUCUGAAAACUCAAUAGGAUCACUUGAGUUGAAGAUCAGAUCAUUGGAGGGGAAGAAACAACAAUUCAAACAAGGUGAAUCCGGUUCAUGCGAGACUGAAUCACCUCCACCCGUGUUGGACUCAGAAGCCACCGAGUCAAUCAGCAGGCAGACAUCAAAUGGUGAGAACUCCGUUGGCAGCUUCACAAAAGAAACAAGCACAAUGGGAAGCUGGUUGUGCGACCAUCAGCUUCAAGCUGAGGAGACCGAGACGAAGCCCAGCACAUCUGCCUGCUCUGAGCUGGGAAAGGAUCCAAGCAUUGAUGACCUCCCUGAGGUCGGUUAUGAGCACGGAGUCAUCGUUAGGAAGAAACGAGGGAAGAGAAAGAGAAAGGACUGCAGUCAAGUUGCCAAAGAGAAAAGUGUUGAUGACAGUGAUAAUUUAGGUUCUUCGAAUGCUGUUUCGACUGCAAACAAGGAAACAUCAACUAACGAAUGUAAGAGGAUGAGAAUCUCCGGUCCCAAGACCACCGUAAGAGAGAGCUUGAUCGAGAUAUUCGAAUCCAUUGCACAGAGUGAAUCAGCAGCAGUCUUCAGACAUCGAAUGGACAGUCAGAAACGGGCACGAUACAGACGUGUUGUCCAGCAGCACAUGGACAUUGGCACAAUAAAAUCAAGAAUCAUUGGUCAGUCCAUAAAAACAGCGAAGGAGCUCUUCCGGGACCUGCUGUUGCUGGCAAACAAUGCGUUGGUAUUUUACUCGAGACGCACACGCGAGUACAAGGCUGCAAUCACUCUGCGGCAGCUGGUCAUGAAAGAUUACAAGCUGCAUUGCAGAGGGCAUUGCAAUGAAGCCACAUCGGACUUCAUCCCGUGCAACCCUCCGGUGAGGCCACGGACAGCUCGUCCUCGGCCUGGGCUUCCAACGUACAAGGACACGGAGGCAACAUCGGAUAAAGCCUUGAAACCAGUGAAUGCUGCUCUUGCCACUCCGGUGGGAUUGGGGAAACAGUGUAAUUCCGGUAACAGUGUGUUGAAGCAAUCCUUGUUGAAGGCUAAGAAAGGUUUGAAGAGACCUGCGAAAUUGAAAACUGAAUUAAGUGAUCCACAACGUAAAAAUACACCAGUGAAACAAAGGAAAAGAGUUCGGAGAUGACAAUGUUUUAUCAAUAGAAAAAAAAAGACUUGUGUAAGAGAAAAUUGUACAGACUUCUUUUCUAUAUUAUAUCUGAUUCAUGUCUAACA